AUGGCGCCAGGAUUCGUGUAUUUUAUCGCGAGCCACUACGCGAUUUUAUUUGUUGUCAUGAUGUACUGCUACAUCACCAUCGUCAAGAUCGCCAGGGACCAUGCGCGAAGGAUCGCCGCAGCGUCAGUGGCGGGUAGAGAGUGCACGACAGGUUUCCACGCAACAUGGAAGACGUCAAAGAUAAUGCUUAUGGUUGUCGGCUCCUCGUGCACUCUUCUUGCUCCGCACGUUCUCCACAUGGUCCUGAUCUACAGCUUCCCGUCGGGGCUUCAAACACUACGGGUUAUUCGAGCUAAUGCCCUGCUACUGAAUUCACUGAUUAAUCCGAUUAUUUACUUCUACAAGUACACGGAAUUUCGGUCAGCCGUCAGAGAACUUUUCGGUUGUGGGACGUCCUCUGAGGUUACAUCAUUUCAACCCGACACGGAGCAGGAAGCGUAG